UUUCUAUUUUCAUUUUACUUUGGCAUUUUACCUCACAAAUUUGUAUGUUUUCUGAAACUGAAAUAUGGCAGGUAACAACUCAGUGGUUGUUUUCGCGCAGCGGCAGGUACACGACAGGGUUAUUAUUGUGCAGAUCCUGGUGUUGUUUUUUCUUUGCACCAACCUGUUGCUCAUUGUGAUCUUUUUUAAAAAGGAGUGCUUCUACACAACUGCACGCUACAUCUUAUUUGCUGUUACAUUGCUGUCGGAUAGCCUGUUGUUACUCGUGGCUGACAUCCUGCUGAUCUUUGUCUAUUUUCAAUAUUCAAUACAAGUAUGGUUAUGUAUUAUUAUAACAAUUCCUCUGAUUCUAUACAGUACAGUCACACCUGUCACUCUGACAGCAAUGACUCUGGAACGAUAUGUGGCUAUUUGUAUGCCGCUGCGUCAUGCAGAGCUGUGCUCCACACGCAGCACUAUGAACUGUAUUCUCAUCAUUCACUGCAUCAGCUUUGUGCCCUGCAUUAUUUCUCUCUCCUUGUUCUUUGCAUCUGCUUCUCGCAGCUUCUACAAACAACAAAUAGUAUGCUCCGUGGAGGUGUUUAUUCUUCACAUAGGGCAGGAACACGUCCGGUCAGCUAUCAGACAGUUUUACUUCUUGAUCAUGUGCAGCACCAUCAUUUUCUCCUAUAUUAAAAUAAUGAAAGUUGCCAAAGCUGCAUCAGGAGAGAAUAGAAAAUCAACACAGAAAGGGCUUAAAACAGUGGUUCUUCAUGGUUUCCAGCUGCUGCUCUGUCUCAUCCAGCUGUGGUGUCCAUUCAUAGAAUCUGCUGUACUUAAGAUUGAUUUCACAUUAUUUUUAAAUGUCAGAUACUUUAACUACAUUGUGUUUUAUAUUGCUCCAAGAUGUAUGAGUCCUCUAAUUUAUGGCCUCAGAGAUGAAACCUUUUUUCUAGCUUUGAAGAAUAAUCUGUGUAUACACCUGGGAUAUUCAUGCAAGGAUCUACUGCCAUACACCUCAUCGUGGUCCCACAUGGAAAUUGGCAUCUUGUGUUUCCAAGCCAAGCUGUACGGGAUCUUGGAGCAGCAGGCUGCCCCACAGACGUGGCAUGCAGUCCUACCGGUGUGUGGACAGACCCUGCUGCCCGUCACUCUCUGCCCCAGCUAUGAGUGA